GGUCUCCUCCUCAUCCGGAGACAGACAGAGUCAGAGUCUGCCUGCCGAUAAGGCUCCCCCGCGCUAGCUGCUCCCACCGUUUGCUCCGGCGAGCGCCGGCGAUGGAGGCGGCGAUGGGGACGCUCGGCUCGCAGUCCCCGCUCUCCUUCUCCUCCAGCCUCUGCAACGCAAAGGCAUCCUGUGGCUGGCCUGUUUACAACGUGAAGAAGGUCGAGGGCAGUCAGCGGCUCGACGUGGUCUGCCAUGGAAUGCUGGCGCCCAGAAAGUUUGUGCGCAAGAAGAGAGAGGAGGAGGUCUUCAAGGACGCCGAUGACGAGGCCAAGCAGAAGAGCUGGAGGAAAAUGAUGAGUGAGAUAGAGGAGUCUGGAUCGGCCGUGUCUUCCAUUCUCAAGACCCAGCGGAACACGACGGGGGCGCUACCAAGGGACACUGUUCUUGGCACUCUUGUGCGGUUCAAACAGCUCAAAAAAUGGGAUCUCGUCAGCGAGAUUCUUGAAUGGCUUCGAACACAACAUUGGUGGGACUUCAGCGAGAUGGACUUUUUAAUGCUUGUCACAGCUUACGGAAAACUGGGGGAUUUCAGCAAGGCGGAAAGGGUCCUCAAGUACAUGAACAAGAAAGGUUACCGGCCGACUGUGAUAUCUCAGACCGCUCUCAUGGAGGCAUAUGGAAGAGCCAAGCAGUACAGAAAGGCCGAGGCUGUGUUUCAUAAGAUGCAGACGUCAGGCCCUGAACCAUCACCCAUCACAUAUCAAAUCAUUCUGAAAUCGCUUGUUGAGGGCGACAAAUAUAAGGAAACUGAAGCUAUUUUCAAGGACCUUCUCAAUGAAAAAAGAGCUUCUUUUAAACCAGACCAGAAGAUGUUUCAUAUGAUGAUCUAUAUGUACAAGAAGGCUGGGGACUAUACCCAAGCGCGUAAGCUAUUUGCGCAGAUGCCCGAGAGAGGAAUCCCACAGUCUACAGUGACUUUUAAUAGUUUGAUGUCAUUUGAAGCAGACUAUAAGGAGGUUUCAAGUAUUUAUGAUCAGAUGCAAAGAGCCGGACUAAAACCCGAUGUUGUGAGCUAUUCUCUGCUCAUCAAAGCUUACGGGAAAGCUAGGAGGGAAGAUGAAGCAUUGGCGGUGUUUGAAGAGAUGCUUGAUGCUGGAAUCAGGCCAACACGCAAAUCAUACAACAUUUUGCUUGAUGCGUUCGCAGUAUCGGGAUUAGUAGAAGAGGCCCGAACAGUUUUCAAGACUAUGAGAAGACACAGGGUUGAGCCUGACCUCUGCUCUUACACAACAAUGCUCUUAGCUUACGUAAAUGCUUCUGAUAUGGACGGGGCUGAGAAAUUUUUCCGUCGGAUCAAAGACGAUGGUUUGAGGCCAAAUGUUGUUGCUUAUGGAACUCUGAUGAAAGGUUACUCGAAGUUGGAUGAUGUUGAGAAAGUAAUGCGGGUUUAUGAGCGAAUGCGGAUGCAGGGUGUUGAGCCCAAUCAAACCAUCUUUACCACCAUCAUGGAUGUACAUGGCAGGAACUCAGAUUUCGGAAACGCUGUCAUUUGGUUCAACGAAAUGGAAACACGUGGAUACCCACCAGACAAGAAAGCGAAGAACAUCCUGCUUUCUCUCGCUAAAACACCUGAAGAACAAGAAGAAGCGAAUGAGUUGACGGGGAACGGUGUGGUUCAGCUUGAAGUAAAACCCAAUGGCAUGCCCGCCGGUUUAGGUACCAAUGGUGCUGCUGGCGUCCAUGAAGCUGGGCUAACUGAUACUGCACGCCAUGACUCCUUAAAUGGCGCAUCCACAAGUGAUCUAAAUGGUGGAAACAGGGCCAGGAGCAGUGGUUUUGAGGAUGAAGAUGACGAUGAUGACGAUUACAACGAGGAAAUGGAUGACGAAGAGUUAGAUUUAGUUUCUUUCAAAGAUAAGCGAGAACUAAAUUUUGCGACUUGAUAUGUCUAAAGCAUUGGUGUAUAUUUUUUUGCUGCAAAACUUAUGAUAGAUUUUCCUAUAAAAAAGGACUUUGUGGUAUUCUCGAAA